CGCCUCCACCGCCAUUUUGUCUUCGUUCGAAGAAUUGUAAAGGUCAUCUGUGAUUAACACUCCUUAAAUCGACAAUUCUUUUAUACAAAGGAGGAAAAAGUCAUGGAGGAGUCCAUUUCCACGGUGAAGAUGGAGGAUCCUGGGGGAGGCAGAGGGAAUCUAUCCUUCGGAAUGCCAUCCAUGUCUGGUGAACCAGUGGUGAUCACCUACACAACUGAAAAUGCUGAGGAUGCCAUUCAGAUCCAGGAGAAGACACCUCCAAAGACAGAUGAGACCCAGGACCGCCCCUGUACAGAAUCGUCCAAUCAGGAGACAGAGAGUAUUGAGAGUGACAACUUUACUGAGGCCCUGGCAGGGGAACAGCUUUUACAGAUGGCCAAUGCUAUUGUGUUGGAGCAGGGACAGGUAGAGGGGGUAGAGAAUCAGCAGGAAAUUAUACAGACAGUCGAUGAGAAUGGCACCAUUGUUAGUGAAAUGCAGAUUGUUCAAAAUGACAGCCAAGUGGAGGCUAUGGAAGACCUCCAAACAAUGGCUGAAUAUACAGAUGAAGACGGAGCCAUCCACCAGGUCCCUGUCAAACUGGACAAAAAUAACCAGCAGUUGGUUCAGUUACUGCCGGUGUCAACAGAGGAUGGAAAUCAGGUGUACAUCCAAGUUCUUAGCUCAGCCAAGCCAGACUCUCAUCCUUCUACUGAAUCUCAGACUGAGAUCCAUGAGAUCAUGAUCUCAGAGGAUCAACUCGAACCUGAGAUGCUGAGCCAGGAAAGUAUGGCAAAUGAAGAAGUGACAGUGGAGAAUGUACAAGAAAUGGCAAAUUACAAGAGCGAGGUUUUGGAGGAUGGGACAGUCCAGAUUUACAUGUUGGAAGAUAAGAAUACAGAAAAGAAAGGGAUGAAUAAAACUUUGAUGAACAUAAUAUCCCCAACAAAACAGGAUGCCCCAAGCCCACCCACCAGUUCCCUCAUGACAAUACAAGCCAAGAAAUACAGAGAUGUAGCUACUCAAAUAACUGUUUUUCCAAAGUUUUCCAGACAAGGAUUGUAUGAUGUCUCAACUCAAGUUACUGCAAAAGAAAUUCUGAGAGAUCCUAAACUUCGCAGUUUACCGAAUGGUACCACAGUUAUUCAGAACAGUAUUGUCUCUCAGAGUGAAAGCACUAUCAUUCUUAAUUCAGGUAGUGAAAAUGAAAUGAUUCUCCAUAAAUGUACCAUAUGUGGAAAAGUUUAUAAAAAUAAACUGAACUGGCAGGGUCACAUUAAAAUUCAUGCUCAGGAAAAAGUGUAUAUGUGUGGCUACUGUGGAAAGAUUUACCCCAGAAGUAGCCUCUCCACCCAUCUUCGCACACAUUCUGAGCUCAGGCAGAUUGCAGUGUUCGAGAACCUGCCAGAUCACUUGAAGAGGAAGAACUACAAACAAGCUCCUGGGAUGGUUUUUCCCAAUGAAGAAGCUUCCAUUAUUGAGCUGAGUAUUGCAGAUGUAGCCACAGAAAUAGAUCCUGAUUUGUUCCCUCCACCAGCUGCUGAAGUUGUGACUGCCCCUGCAAACAUCGUAACUUCGAAUGAUGCCUCACUACCUGAACCAGCAGCAGAGUCUGAGGUUUUUACAGAAAAUGAAAUUCCUGCCAAGAUGCACAUGGAGGUGGAAGCUGAAGCAGAAAUUCAGGAGGGAACUAAAACAAAGUUUAUUUAUAAGUGUAAUGUGUGUGGAAAAGAGUACAACAAUAAGAGUAACUGUCACAGACAUUUAAAGUCUCACACAGACACCAAAGGAUUUAAAUGUGGUUACUGUGGGAAGGCAUUCACACACAGGUACGAGGUCCGCAUGCACUGUAGGACACAUACAGGUGAGAGGCCAUACAAGUGCCCUAUCUGCACUCGUGGAUUCAAUGAAAGUGGAAAUCUGAGGCGUCACAUGAAAAUCCAUGAGGGAGAUAACUCUCCUUUCAAAUGUGGUGUCUGCUUCAAAGGAUUCAAUGAUACUUUGAGAUUGAAUGCUCACAUGAAGGUUCAUACUGGAGAAAUAGUGUGUGAUGUUUGUGGAAAGAAGUUUGGGAAGAUAUCGGACUUGUAUCGCCAUAUCAAAAUCCACAGUGGAGACCGACCUUACAAAUGUGAUUUGUGCGGGAAGACAUUCUGUCAGAAGGUUAACUUAGUCACACAUCAACGAACACAUACAGGUCAGAAAGCAUUCAGGUGUGACUUCUGUGGACUAGGGUUCAGCAGGAAGACAAUUUUGCAGCAGCACAUGAAGACCCACAUGGAGGAUGAGGAAUUCUCUGUGGAGAGGACAGAGGUUCGACCUGUCAGAGGAGAGGUGGAAAUUAUGGAGGCAGAUGUCAUCGAACACAUGGAGGCCCUUUCUAACGAGUUUGUGGAAGAUGGAGAAACACAGACAACAGAUAUCCAGAGCGUGGUCCUAGAGGACGGAGAAGAGGUCAUCACCGAGGCAACUAGUCAGGAAAUAGCAACAUACACUGAAUAAUAUCAAACAUAUACAUUCACACAGACAAUCAAGGGAAUAUUGGAACUGUUGGGUGGCUGUAUGACAGCUAUUUUAAUCUACUAUGCCAAAUGCAACUUAUUUAUUUGACAAACAAAGUUAUAGCACAUUUCAUUUAAUGAUUAAAAAAAAGAUCAUUCAACAAUUGUCAGUAAUUACAUGUUAAAUAAUUUAAAAGUAUUGAAAAAUGUAUAACAAUAAAAAGUUAUCUUACAUUUCAACAAAGUGAGGCUUUUAUCACUAAUACUUGCAGUUACUUUUAAAAAAAGAUGUGAUAAUUUCCUGCAAAAACAAAGAAAAUUUAAGUGUACCAAAUUAAAAAAAAAAAAAAAAAAGGUAGUACCGGUACAUGUUUGUGAUGUUCCCAUGAAAAAAUGUGAAGAAAUAAUUACAUGUAUUAUUUCAAAGUUUAAUUGAUAUUGUUUACAGAUUUGCUCGUGAUCAAAUUUUGUACAUUGAAAUUUACAUACUUUAUGUUCAGAAGUUUUUGUUCAAAAUUUUAUUGUUCAUGCUUGAAAGUAUUUUUGGAAGAGUUAGAA